AUGUCAUCAAUGCAAUAAAAGCAGAAAGUUUGUCCAUCUAGCUGGAAGUGAGUGGAGAUCAAGACACCUCCUUCUGAAUUGCUACGUGGCAGACAGAAUCCUCUUGAUUCCAAGCUGAUCCCGAUGGCUCAAAUCCUGCUCCUUGCCUUCUGUGCUUUCCUCUAUCUUCCUCCUGAAGGUAAGUUCCUUAUUCCAGGGCUGAGAGAAGGAGUUUUGAUCAAAGAUGAGUUGUAGAUGUCAACUUCCAAGCAGCUUUAAUCUUUCGAGCUAGAGAGCCCUCUCAAGUCUGCAAACAAUGAUAGAAAGACCAAAUUAUAUAAAAGCAUUAUAUUCUCUCUCUCUGUGCACCUGAGGUUUUCUGUUCGCCUUCAGAGGUAGCCCUGCAUAGAGUGUGCAAAUGCACACAAUCCUUCUGCAAACAGGAAAAAACAACAACAUUGUGAACACUUAACUUAGACAGAUUCUUAUGCAGUUCUUCUUUCUGUGCUAGUGGAAGUGGGUGCAGAUCACUCUGGUGAAAAAUCCUACUGUGGCAGUGCAUGCUUUUUCCCAGGUAGGACUUUCUGGAACUCAGUUCUGGCACCUCUCAGGUGGGCACCAUUACCAUUAUAAGAGAACAAAGGAGGCGUUUUGUGAGUUCGGCACCUGGAAAAAUAGCAUGGGAUAUGAUCAUGCACUAAAGAUCCAUGAGGUCAAUGCAAGAUACACAAUUUUCGUGAAUGUGGCUGUGUUUCAGGCCAGAUGGGUGUUGAAAGGUAUGUUGGUACUAAAUUUGUUAGAAAGGAAAGAGUGGUGUUUCUCCACAUAAGUGAGAGGCUGCUCAAGAGAAGCCUCUGCAAUACAUUUUGAGAUGUGAACUGUGUAAGUCUGAUACACCAUUAUGCUGCAGAAUGGAUCCCUCUGCUGUCUUAACUGUGAUAAUUCCAUUAUGGGAUCAGAUAAUCAAAGGUAUUAAAGGAUAGUUUUGCUUCAGUUCAUUUAUUGGUCCAGGAUGUGUGGAGUCGGUAUGUUCACCUUUAAGUCUGAAUCCAAAGAUGUUAUCCACCAUCCCCCUUGCCUAGGGCCCGUUUUUGUCUUCUGGAAUCUGUGCUUGCUCUCUCUCUGGACAUUGCAUGCAAACAUCACAUAGGCAAUGCUCCACUCAUAUUUGGAAAACGUGCAGUUGCAGGAAUUAGGAGUGUCAAAUAUAAAAUUAUCACACAAAAUUCUCCUUCUCACUGGGUUGUUGUCGCAUGUUCCUGAUACAUCUGAACUUGCAUGAAUCAGCAAAUUCACCCUUCACCCCUCACUCCUGCGCACAGCAGCUUAGAUAAUGGCGGGCACCUUAGCUUCAUGAGCUGAUUUCAAUCAACUUUUCCCCAGUCACCAGCUUUUACACAAAUGCCUAAACAGGGAUACAAUUUCCUUGAAAGCAACAAUGGUGGUUCCAGUGGCACCCACAAACUGUGUACCAGCUCCUUCACUGAGAGGACAUCCCCGUCCAGGGUAAACUCAAUGGGUGUGCCUCCCAGAAAUAACAAGGGUUUCUUUUUUCUAGCUGAUGCCUUGGAAUGUGCAUUCUAUAAACUGAUGCAAGGUGUGAAACCGCUACCCUGCAAAGGCACAAAAUGUGCUGCCUCAAAAGAGUAUACAAUGAGUGAGUUCCCCCAGUUUCAAUUUCUUGGGUUUAAUUGUAAAUGGUGGGGAAAUAUACUACAGAUGCACCUUCCUACUGCCACUGGAGAUUGGGUUAGCCUCCUCACUGCUUGCAUGGUAAUGAUGGAAGUGCCAUUGACCAUGCACAUUUCAAGGAUGUGGCAUGCUUGAGGAAUUCUCUGUUUGUUGUUGUUUAGUCAUUUAGUUGUGUCCGACUCUUUGUGACCCCAUGGACCAGAGCACGCCAGGUCCUCCUGUCUCCCACUGCCUCCCACAGUUUGGUCAAACUCAUGCUGGUAGCUUCGAGAACACUGUCCAACCAUCUCGUCCUCUGUCGUCCCCCUCUCCUUGUGCCCUCCAUCUUUCCCACCAUCAGGGUCUUUUCCAGGGAGUCUUCUCUUCUCAUGAGGUGGCCCAAAGUAUUGGAGCCUCAGCUUCAGGAUCUGUCCUUCCAGUGAGCACUCAGGGCUGAUUUCCUUCAGAAUGGAUAGGUUUGAUCUUCUUGCAGUCCAUGGGACUCUCAAGAGUCUCCUCCAGCACCAUAAUUCAUAAUUCUCUGUUUACAACCCCCUUUUCCUUACCAGAAUUUUGUUUCUUGUUUCUCUGUAGCAGGAUGGGGUGUCAUGUAUCCUGGAGGGACAUCCAUUUCCUAACACAUUAGCUCACUUCUGACCUGUAGCAGUCUUAGACUUCUCCUCCCGGGAGAAACUGCUCAGGAUCUCAGACAGAGGUCUUUCACCUCACCUGCUACCUGAUCGCCUGUGAAUUCCUUUGAAUCCCCUUUGAUUCCUGCAUUGCAGGUGGUUGGACUAGAUGAUUCCUUCCAACUCUACAAUUCUAUGAUUUUAUGAAUUGCAGGUGCCAGGAACUGAACCUCAAACUUCCAUAGAUAUUGUGCUGUCCACAUGCUCUACAACAGAGCUCUCACUGUACUCUCAAUCAUUAGUGUCACCACAUUGCAUACCCUGGAUCAAAUGGAAAUACGUUUCUUUUCCACCACAAAGAAUCCUUAACAAAAAUCAUUCCUCAGACAUCCCUUCCAGAUCCUCCAAGUGUCCCUAUUUUCUAGGGGCGUCCCUGAUUUAGAGAAGCCAGCCAGUUUCUGAUUUGUUUUUGUUUUUUAAAAUAAUUUUUAUUACAUUUGCAAUUAACAAACCAAUCAUAUCACAUUAAUUCCAAAUUAUACCAAUACAUAAUAAACUCCAAAUAUUUAGCCGAAUUUUAAAUUUUUGUUGGGGGUACCCAUGCUUCGAGUUCAGAAAGGGUCUAAUCAUCUCAUAUUUCUGCUGCUUUGAUAUUCACAAGUUCGAUCUUUCCAUCUCUUUGUUGUAAUCCUUUUUCUUCUUAGUAACAUCCGAGUAUUUCCACAGGCAAGUUGAAUCAAACAUUAUUUAUGUUUCUGUGUGAACUUUGUAAUCCAUCUCACAUUGAUCCAAAAGUCCUGUUCAAGCCAUUUUCGACAAUUCCAAUGAAAUACAGUCUAAGCGUCUACUCCUUAAUUUCCCCAGACCAGUUGCUCCAUAAAUCAGUCUCUCUAGGGGAGUUUUUGCCCACUCAGAUCUACAAUCCUUACAUGAAAGCAAAACGGUGGCUCGCCUCCCCCUUUGACUGUAAAUCUCGCAACAAAGUCUGUCUCAUAAUGGCAGAUCCCAGUAAUAACUGCGCAACAGGAAAGCCUUUCUCUUUCCAGAUCUUCCAAAAACAAAGCCUUUAGUUAAUAUUUUUGUUUCCACACAGUUUAUUUUCCAAUCUCACUUGCUAUCGGUUCUUCUAGGGGAGGGUUUGUUAGGUAAAACAUAUUGAAAAAGAAGGAAAUCCCCCCCCCUUCCAGUCCGUUUCAACAUACCGACAUAGCUGUGAUUCUUUGCUGCAGUCUUCUGUUCAAUCCGUCCCAUCACUCUUAACUUCUCAGUGGUAGAUUUGAUUAGCAGAUAAAACACCCUUUCCUUCGCUCGAAACAUGUGCAUUUACUUUUACAUCCAAUUAUUUUAUCUUAAGCAAUGCAACUAGGUCGCACUUAGAAGCAGCGUCCGGGAGAUCCAGAAUCUCACUCGAGGGCUUUCCGUCCAGUGCCCUCACCCCCUCCUUCUUUCGAACUCGGGGGUGAUUUAUUGGCAACUGCGGCAACUGCGGACGAGGCAGUGUCUCCCCAUCCUCUGGGGAGACCCCGGGAGGCUGAUUUACUCCCAUUGUCAGCCUCUUAAUUACCUCGUGUGAGCCGGAGAGAUGGUAUUGUCGGCCAUCUUCCAAGGUGCCCCUAGCGGCCCCCCUCCAGUUUCUGAUUUGAUCCCGGAAUAUCCCGCUUUUCCUUAGGAUGUCCCUAUUUUCACUGGAGAAAUGUUGGAGGGUAUGGAGUUAUCCGAACCUCGAGCUGUCCGAAGGCAAUCCUUUAUAGGGAAGGGUUUCUUUUAAUGUUCAAUGUUUUAUUGUGUUUUUAUAUAUGUUGGAAGCUGCCCAAAGGGUUGGGUAACCCAGUAAUAUGUGUGGGGUAUAAACAGUAAAAAUAUCAUUAUGGAAUGGGAUGUCCCAAUUUUCACUGGAGAAAUGUUUUGGGGUCAUGUCCUUAUCCUUUUUGCAUAAUGGGCAGAAGAAUAGCUUAAGGUGCAUCAACCUUUCAAAAGAUGGGGGCGGGGAAGUGUUUUGACAUCUAAUGCGAAGUAUAUGUUACUAUUAGUGAAAAUAAAAUGCUAAUGCUUGUUCCUAUCCUCUCUCUCAAUUUAUUGUUCCCACUACCGUCAUAGAUGGGGAACUGAAAGAAGUGGUUUUGUUUUGUGCGAAAGCUCUAUUGGAGUGUGGCACUAGAAAGAACAUCAGCCACGGUGGUAAAGUUACUGGUUACAUGGAAAUCCUCUGUUGUGAAGACAGAGACUUCUGCAACGCUGGCUUAUAGACAGGUCCUAAAGCUGACUGAAGAUCCUCCACACACCAACAUAUGCCUUUGGACUUUUCAUUUUUUUUUACAAUAAUAUUUAUUAAUUUUCAAUAGAUAUAACAAAAAAGAAAAUAUACAACAACACAAUAAAGAAGUAAAAAAGAAGAAAAAAGAAUAACAAACUUAACAUACCUAAACAGGGAAAAAAAGGAAACUCAAUUAAUUAAUUAAAAUCCAUUUUCAUAAACAUUUUAGUUGACUUCCUCUAAUCUCCUCCAUCUGAAUUUCCUCUUAAUUUGAAUGUAGCAGUUUCCAAUAUCAUUAUUUCAUAAAACAAUAUUACAGUCGUAUUCCAAUUUCUUUACCUAUGUUAUAAUACAUUUUCUUAUUUAUAUAUUUAAGUCUAAUUUAGUCCUAGGCCUGACUGGUUCUUUCAAGUGGUUACAUAUCUUUAAUAUUAGAAUAUUUAUUCAAAUAGUCUUUAAAUUUCUUCCAAUCUUCUUGGUAGUCCUCUUUCUGGUCGCGGAUUCUCCCGGUGAGAUCAGCCAGCUCCAUAAAUUCCAUUAUCUUCAUCUGCCAUUCUUCUACUGUUGGUAAUUCUUGUGUUUUCCAUGCCUUUGGACUUUUCAGCUCCCUUUCCCCAUGUGUAUUUUUGGAAAUCUGUGUGCCUCUGUGUGAUUUGGCAAUCAAGGUGUCUGAAUUAAGAGUUUCCAUUAAAUGAAGCAAGCACUAAAUGCCAUGGCUACAAAGUUAGCAAAUGGAAAAUGCCUACACUGCAAUGGAGCAAGGUGUGGUGAAUGAGAGGCCUGCUGCAUUUGUUUUCCUAGAUGGGCAAGAAACAGUUGGCACAAAACUAGUCCUCCGAAUGUUCUUCUUCUGCCUAACAUGACUGCCAGGGCUGUGCAUGGGACGCUAUUUUAAAAGAAAGCUGGAAUAUUCGUCACCGAUGAAUUCUUUCAGAGGAGGGGUGUGUGUGUGUGUGUGGUAAAUUCACACACACUACCACCUUUCUGGCAAAAAGUCGAUCAGAGAAAUGCAGCAUAGAUAGUAUAUUUAUGCAAAUAUAUGUAUUGCUUUUUCAUAGCCUCCCAGAUCCACUCCAUGGCC